CCAACACUUUUAACAAUAAAAACCACACAAUCUAUUUCACUAACCUCUAUUCCACUCAAUUUUCUUCCUUUUUCUCUCUUUCUUUAUGGAACCAAACACAAAACCAAACAUGUUAGAAAACCAUAACCUUCUUUCAUUUCAUUUGAAUGCUAAAAUCCAAGGAACAGGAACAGAAACAAUAGUUUUUGCUCAUGGUUAUGGAACAGACCAAUCUAUAUGGGACAAAAUCACACCUUAUUUUACUGAAAAAAACUGUAGAAUUGUUCUGUUUGAUUGGCCUUUUUCUGGUUAUGUUAAAGAUGAAAAUCUUUAUGACCCUUUAAAGUACUCUUCUUUAGAAGGUUUUGCUGAUGAUUUAAUCACUUUAUUGGAUCAAAUGGAGCUUAAAGUUGUUACCUUUGUUGGUCAUUCUAUGUCUGGUAUGAUUGGUUGCUUAGCUUCCAUUAAAAGACCUCAACUUUUCAAGAGGCUUAUUCUUCUUGGUGCUUCUCCAAGAUAUAUAAAUACAGAUGAUUAUGAAGGAGGCUUUACAACUUCAGAAAUUGAGAAUUUAUUGAAGAAUAUUGAAUCCAACUAUGAAAAUUGGAUUUCUACUUUUUCCUUAAAUGUAGUGGAUCCAAAUGAUGAACCAUCAGUUAACAAAUUCAGAGAGUGUUUGAAAAGAAUGAGAAAUGAAGUUCCAUUGUCCUUAGCAAGGACAGUGUUUUGCAAUGACUAUAGAGAUAUACUUGAGAAAGUUGAAACUCCAUGCACAAUUAUUCAAUCUUCUAGUGACAUUGUUGUUCCAUAUAGUGUAGCACUUUAUAUGGAGAAGAAAAUUAAAGGGAAAGUUACAUUGGAGGUAAUUGAUACUAUUGGACAUUUUCCUCAACUAACUUCUCCACUUCAGCUUGUUGAUGUGCUUAAGGGUGUUUUAGGGUUUGAUCUAUCUUGAAUUUAGCUAUGUAAAAUUGAUGUAAAUGUAGGAUAGUUCUAUGGUUUCUUAGUAUUGUUGUGAAAAUAUUCGCAUCAACGUUUAAAAUUUGAAGGCGUGUAUGACAUCCAACACAUGUCAAUGUCUGAGUACACCAACACAUGUAUUGAUAUCAGUGUCGUGUUUCAUGUCUGAUGUUCAUGUUUCUGUCAGGAUUUUAUAGAUGUGUGGUAUUUGAUAAUUAAUAAUUGUGUGUACUUUUGAAUUCGUUAAUGUUAAUUAGAUUUGAGGAA